CUUCUUUCUCUUCGACCCUCACYGCCAUAGUGGGGAAAGGACUGUGGAGAAAAUGUCUUCCCACAAGACUUUCAGGAUCAAGCGCGUUCUCGCCAAGAAGCAGAAACAGAACAGGCCGAUUCCUCAGUGGAUCAGAAUGAAGACCGGCAACAAGAUCAGGUACAACUCCAAGAGGAGACACUGGAGGAGGACCAAGCUCGGCCUGUAAACACGAUGGUCUUUGGGUCCCAGAAUUCCUCCACCCCGACAUCUGUCAGGACCUCCAGCUGCUGGGGCCUGACCACAGCCAGGGAUCCAAGUCAUCUGGAGCAGCAGUCGUUUUGUACAGUUCCUCUGGUUUAUGCUCGUGUUUGACAAUAAAAGAUCAGUGAUCAAACAGAA